AUGUCGUCGUCAUUCCAUGAGAACACACCCAGGGCCUCGCAGGAGGGUCCACUAUUUGGCGACACACAUGUCAUUUACCCAGUCAUGAAUGCUCAUAAUCAGCAAUUGAUGCCAGAAAUCUCAGCGACCAUCCAAAAGGGUUUUUUCCAAGUAGAACACAAGUGGACUUGCUACCGCCGCAAUUAUUUCGCAGUGGCUUGCUCGUUUAGUUUCAAGAGCCCAUUGGCCGAAGGGCCGUACUACUUGAACAGAAAUGGACAACGCGAAAUGAUCCAUCAAUUUGCGGUCUCAAUUUCAGCCAAGACCGCGUCAGCUUCUAACGGAGAGAGUGAAACUCGCGGCCUUGUGCAACAUACUCCCAAGCGCGAUAAGGCUACGGAAUCUGUGCCUGGAAGGCACCAGAUAUCUCCAAUGCCUCAUUCAAAUGCCGGUAGCAACGGCGUCUAUCAUGGCUCCAGCUCCUUGUACCAAGGAGGACAGCACAUUCCCUCUGCGAUCAUGAGCGCCUACAUUGGAUACGAUAAUGGCGCCGCCAACAGCGUUCCAACGAACCACACCUUUGAGAGAAUCCAGUUUCAGAAGGCGACCGCUAACAAUGGGAAGCGCCGCGCACAGCAGCAAUAUUUCCUGGUGGUUGUUGAGCUUUCCGCAAGUGUGGCAAGAGCCCGCGGGGACGAGUCUUGGGUUGUGAUCGCAACUAAAGAGUCGGACCCAAUGGUGGUGCGGGGUCGCUCUCCAGGCCACUACAAGGAUAAUGGGCGACGAGACAGCGAGUCAAAUAUGGAUCCUGGCCGAGGAAGUGGCCCGGGAGGAGAUGGAGCACCCGGAGGACUAGCCUUGCCUCCUUACGGAGGAGGGCAUUCUAGCAUGGAUUGGCAAUCGACCCAACGGCAGAGCGGUUCUUAUGGUGCAUCAUAUCGACAGGCCAUGAAGACUGAGUUUUCACCGGCCAACACAUUGGCAGGCACGCCAACAGAGGCGGAGCUGAGUCUCUCCGAUUCUCAGACCGUCAAGUCGUCCUGCACCUUUUCCACCGAGCAAUCUGUAAUGACGCCACUUUCGGAAGCAAGUGACGAAGCCUUAUUCAAUCUCGAUCAUCACACGGAGAGCCGCAAGCGCCCGUACGAGGAUGAGGAUGAGGAGGAUCAAUUGCGAUUCCAUCAUAAUGCUCCAUUUACUGACAGUAUUUCUACUCUUGCAGACCUGUCAGCCACACCCUGGUCGAAGCUACUCUGUGCACCUUCCUGA